AUGCAUAGACCUUCCGAAGAACUACAAUGGCGCUAUGAAAUGCGAGAGACACGGGGGAUCUCAAAUGCGGAUGGCCAGGGAUAUCUUUACGCCUACGUGGACAGUGAUAGAUGGAAGGUUGGAAUGACCAACGAAUUUGUUCGUCGUCAGGUGGAGUGGGACAAGGAUUGCCCUUACCCAUGGAGAAUCUGGCUUCUGCCUAUCCGGGUUGCGAACAGGCGGAGAGCAGAGGCAUUGGCACAUCUUUUGCUCAAAAUGGAGUGUCUUCAUCGCCCGUGA